ACGUACCUGCCAAAAAUGGUAGUUACCCAGACCCAGAAGCGCGCCAUUUUGGUUUUGUGCUCAACAAAACCCUGUUGUGUGAUCAUUUUCCCCGCAUUUUGCAGCUUUGCAAUGACCGAUUUAUUAAUUUCUGUGCUAUGAUAGACCCUUGAUUGAAUUUUGUGAGGCUGUCCCAGAAGAAAGGUCUUGCAGCUUAGAAAAGAUGUACAUAAAACAGGUCACCAUCCAAGGAUUCCGAAGUUACCGGGAUCAAACUGUCAUAGAGCCCUUCAGUCCAAAGCAUAAUGUUGUGGUUGGACGAAAUGGAUCAGGCAAGAGCAACUUUUUUUAUGCCAUACAGUUUGUGCUCAGUGACGAGUUUAACAACCUGCGCCCUGAGCAGCGACAGUCAUUACUGCAUGAGGGUACCGGGCCCCGCGUCAUCUCCGCAUUUGUGGAAAUCAUAUUUGACAACUCAGACAACAGGAUACCAAUAGAAAAGGAAGAGGUGACACUGCGGCGUGUGAUCGGAUCAAAGAAGGAUCAGUAUUUCUUGGACAAGAAAAUGGUCACGAAAACUGAUGUGAUGAAUCUUUUGGAGAGUGCAGGAUUUUCUAGGAGUAAUCCUUACUACAUUGUAAAGCAGGGAAAGAUCAAUCAGAUGGCAACCGCACCUGACUCACAGCGGCUGAAGCUCCUUCGUGAGGUGGCUGGCACCCGUGUCUACGAUGAACGUAAGGCAGAGAGCCAGCUCAUCCUGAAAGAAACAGAGGGAAAACGGGAGAAGAUCGAAGACCUUCUCAAGUACAUUGAAGAGCGACUCCAGACUCUCGAAGAGGAAAAAGAAGAACUGAAGCAAUACCAAAAGUGGGACAAGAUGAGACGUUCACUGGAAUACACAAUUCACAAUCAGGAGCUGACAGACACAAGGAAGAAACUUGAUGAGCUCGCCAAUAAACGUGAGAACAGCGGUGAAGUCACCAAAACACUGCGAGAUGCCCAGGAAGAAGCUUCCAAAAGAAUCAAGCAAUUGAACAAAGAGCUGCGGGAGCUCAAAGGACGCAUCCGGUCAGCCAAUGAGGAGCGUGACCAGCUGCUGAAUGAGAGGCAGGAGCUCUUCAAACGGCGGGCCAAACUGGAACUAGCUGUCAAAGAUCUCCAGGAAGAAGUCAAUGGUGACAUGGAUGCGAAGAGUCGCAUUGAAGAUCAGCUGGAGAAGCUUGACAGCACUAUCCAGCAAAAACAGACAGACUUGGACCAGAUUAUGCCGCGAUAUGAGGAGCUGAAGAAAGAGGAAGAACGCUGUACUGCCAGGCUCCAGGUGUGUGAGCAGAGACGGACCGAGCUGUUCGCCAAGCAGGGAAGGGGAAACCAGUUCACCACCCGUGAUGAGCGAGACAAAUGGAUCCGAAAAGAACUCAAGUCACUGAACAAAGCCAUCAAGGACAAAGAGGAACAGAUUGCUCGUCAGCGGGAAGACAUUGCCUCUGACAUGAAGAAGAACGAAGACCUUGAGGCCCGCAUGGCCAAACUGAACAUUGACAUUGAGCAGAUGAAGGAUUCGGUCGAUUCUUCCAACCGCAGUCAUUAUGACCAAAAGAAACGCAAAGACGAACUUCAGAACGAGAGGAAUUCCCUGUGGCGGCAGGAGAACAGCAUUCAACAGGAGAUUGCAACAACGAAGGAGGAGCUACACAAGAAAGAACAAACGCUUCGCUCUAUGACAGGCAAGGCUGUACUUCGCGGCAUUGACAGCAUCAAGAGAGUUUUGGAUACCUUCAGGUCAAAGGGCAUGACCAGGGAGCUUGAAGGUUACCAUGGUGUCCUUAUCGAGAACUUCCAGUGUGCCUCUCGUUUCAACACCUGCACAGAGGUCACAGCAGGAAACAGGCUGUUCUAUCACAUAGUGGAUACGGACGUCAUCAGUACCAAGAUCCUGGCCGAGAUGAACAAGUCCAAGAUGCCCGGCGAGGUCACGUUCUUCCCCCUCAACCGCCUCGAGGACCGCGAGACCCAGUACCCAGAAUCCCCUGAUGCCUUGCCCAUGCUACAUAACCUCCAAUAUGACCCCAAGUUUAAGGCCGUUCUGAACCACGUCUUUGGCAAAACGCUCAUCUGCCGCAGCAUUGAGGUUGCGACGCAGUUUGCCCGAACACAGAAUCUUGACUGCGUCACCCUGGAAGGUGACCAGGUCAGUCGUCGUGGUGCCAUCACGGGAGGUUACUACGACACACGGAAGUCCCGGCUGGAGCUGCAGAGUGGCAUCUUGGAGCUGCGGCAGAAGCUGAGCCGGGAGGAGCAGGAGUACGAGGAGCUGCGUGAAAAGCUGCAGCAGGUGGAAGUGGAGGUGACGCAGCUGAUGAGCGAGAUGCAGAAAAUGGAGACCAAGAACAGGAAGAACAAGGACAUCUAUGAAAAGAUGAAGAGUGACAUGCGCAUCAUGAAGGAGGAGAGCCAGGUCAUCCAGAGGGCACUGACCCCUAAGGAGCGGCGCCUCUCUAGUCUCAUUACCAGUCUGGAAGCCAUGAAGGGGUCGGCCCAGUCUCUGGACGAUGAAAUUGGUACGGAUCUAAUGUCUCAGUUGAGCGUAGGUGACCAGCGUGAGGUAGACAGUCUAAAUGAUGAGAUCAAGAUGCUGAACCAGCAGAACAAACAAGCUCUCGCUGACAGGAUCAGGCUGGAAGGUGAAAAGAACAAGAUUGAGAACCUUUUGUCGGGAAAUCUGAUGAGGAAACGAGAGCGCUUAGUUGCUGAGCUCCAAGAGAUAUCCGUAGAAGACCGCAAGCAGCGGCUGGAGACCUGCCAGGCCGAGCUGCAAGGCACGGAGAUGUCCAUUGAAACCAACAAGGCUCGCAUUGAGGAUUUCGAGAGCCAGAUCGAGAGCCUCAACCGGGAGCAGCUGGCCAAGCAGUCCGAUCUGGAGGACAAGAAGAACAAAGAGCGGGAGUUUGGGGACAAGAUCAACAGCGACGCCAAGGCGCUGGAGAAGAUGACCAACAAGCAGAGCCUACUCCUCAAGAAGAAAGAGGAGUGCAUGCGCAAGAUCCGCGAGCUGGGCUCGCUGCCAAGUGACGCCUUUGAGAAGUACACCCACCUGUCCCUGAAGCAGCUCUUCAAGAAACUAGAGCAGUGCAAUUCGGAGCUCAAGAAGUACAGCCACGUCAACAAGAAGGCCCUUGAUCAGUUUGUCAACUUCUCUGAACAGAAAGAGAAGCUGAUCAGUCGGAAGGACGAGUUGGACAAAGGACAUGCUUCCAUCACAGACCUGAUGAAUGUGCUAGAGCUGCGCAAGUACGAAGCCAUCCAGUUGACCUUCAAGCAAGUUUCCAAGUAUUUCAGCGAGGUCUUCAGCAAGCUGGUGCCUUCCGGCAAGGCAACAUUGGUCAUGAAGAAAGGAGACAGUGAGUCCUCGCAAGAGCUGGAAGGGGAAUCGUCUCAAGCUGGUGUACCCCUCGUUGAACAGUUCACUGGCGUUGGGAUUAAGGUGUCGUUCUCAGGCAAAACCAGCGAGACCAGAGAGAUGCAGCAGCUGAGUGGGGGCCAGAAGUCGCUGGUGGCACUCACACUCAUCUUCGCCAUCCAGAAGUGUGAUCCCGCCCCAUUCUACCUCUUUGACGAGAUCGACUCGGCCCUAGACGCCCAGCACAGGAAGUCGGUCGCAGACAUGCUCCACGAGUUAGCCAGCAAUGCUCAGUUUAUCACCACCACCUUCAGGCCAGAGCUCCUUGAAUCAGCAGACAAAUUCUACGGUGUCAAGUUCAGGAACAAGGUCAGUCACAUUGACGUCAUCUCCAAAGAUCAAGCGAAAGAUUUUCUGGAGGACGAUCUUACCCAGAACUAGAUGCUCCAAGUAUUCGCUGUCAUCAGUUUAGAUGACCGUCUGGAGAAUGGUCUGGAGAAGUGUUUAUAUCUCGCUUGUUUCAGAAGCCAAUCAGAGUCCUGCCGUUCUCUCCCUGCUUGAAGCGCCCACCCACUACCAGACCCCCUCAUGAGCCCACACAAUCAACAAAACUGCUUUCGAAACAGUACAUGUGCCAUAAAUGAUCCUUGAGUUGUGUUGAAGAUGUCCUCACAUGUGCCGUGUCCUGUUGGCAAGUAGCUUUCCUGUCCUCUGUAUGCAGUAACUUCUGAAGGCAGUGCAUGGCCUACAAGGUAACUGUACUGUGCUGAUGACUGACAAGACUAGAUUCAGCCAUGUCCACAUAUUUGUGAAGACUUUCCUAAGUGAUAAAGGCCCUUAGAUAAGAAUUACAUGGUUUGCAUCACAACAGAUCUCACAAUUCCAUUUGUCCAACCUUAGCAUGUUCUCUAUUCCAUUUCCACAAUACUUGAGACACAGUAACAAGUGCUUUUCACCUGCUUAAGUUUUAAGUUAGUGAUAAAUGAAACAGUGGUAAAUAUUUCUCCUGAUUUCUUCUCGUCCAGCUUUGUAAAAUUGCAGCAUUUUGAUUUAUUGGCCAAAGCAACUUAGUAGUAAAUCAACCACAUUUCACACACUUUUUUUAACGUGGGAAGGGAAAAAUGAAAAAAUAAUUUUAAAAAAAGCCUGAACGCUUGUCAACUCGCUUCUCACUGUUUCAUCCCCAGUCCUCUUCUAUUGUGGUUUAUAUACUGGUUUUCCUUGCCAGAAACAUUGUCUUUACGUAAAUGUACAGAAAUUUUCUAGUUAAAAUAUUGUUGAAUGUUAGUCAAUAUUCAAAAUUUUUAACGUUCCAGAAGUUUUGUGAAAUUAAUCUCGUAGAUUUUUCCUGGAUGGUGACAUUUUUUUUAGAAAUGAAGACAAAACAAGGGUUGUAUUUAUUCACUCUUUUGAGUAUUGUAGUUUUGUGAAGAACACAUUUCUUUGUGGGAAAAGGUUGACCUUUUACAGACAACUAAAGAUUUUUCUGUUAUGGCAAAGCACAGGUGAUUCGAUUAAAUUUCAAAACUUUUUAUUGGCAUACGUUUUCCUCUUAUGGAAAUUGUUGAAGAAUAGGUUCUUGUUCCCAAAUAGUAAUAUGUCCAGUUUGGUGCUUAUAUCAGAUUUCAAGUUUUUUUUCUUUUUCUUUUCUUUCAUUUUUUUCCUCAGAUAAUUCACUUACUGAUUUGUAUUCCACGUGACUCGUUCUUGACUAUAUUUUUGCCUAGCAAAAAUUGUUGAUAAGUAAUUGCCUUGCUCUGUAAAAUUGGAGCUAGUUGUAGCUUUGUCAUGUUUUGGUCGCAUUUUUCUUAAGUGUAUCAUGUAGUUGUGACAUUAGCCUGUUAAUGACCAUUAAAUUGCUUGCAUCUUGGAACCGUU